CUUAGCCACAGCCUUCCUCUUUUUGAAGCCCCCGCGUUUCGUGCCCUUCGGUGGAGGCUGAUGGGGUGGAUGCGCUACCAUGGUGCAAGUCACCUAUUCUUGCUGGUUGUGAACAGGGAAUACAAGACAACGACCCGAGUGGACCCAGACUACUGACAAUUUCGUUGGCCAAGCAAAGAAGUCCGCUCAGCAGUGCAUGAAUCACUCGUCUACAGGCCCCGUCCCUGGCUUCACCCAGCGCACUGAUCGCUCACCGCAUAACGACGUGCUGUUGUUCAAAAGUCCAGCCCAGUUCUCAGGCCAGCUGGCACUACACACUUCUAUCAGAAUCCUACACUUCUGACGGUGUCUCGCCUGUGAACGCGAAUGGGUGGCUCUCCUGGAAACCUAGUUUCCACCAGUCUGGGCGAGAGCAUUGUCUUGUUAUCGCGGAAGCUCUCGGCCGAGACCUUGCGCCACCUGUUCACACUCACACACGUUCAGACAGGCGAGAGGGGUACUGAUCGUCAUUCGGCGGACCGGAGCAUGCUACGACGAGCCAGCGGACGCGAAGAACUUGACGAAACAACGCUACUUGACAUUCUUGUCCGCCAUUCUGCCCACUCUAAGUCCUUCUGUUGUGUGGCAAGUUGUCGGCUGACAGGCCUGUUGAUAAGGAUUCGCCUCAGCAUCGUGGGAUCUACCUACGUAGCUCUCGAAUCACCGCCGGAAUAUGUUAUCACCGCUGGAGCAUACAAGGAGACCCUCGAGCGCCUUCUCUUGAAUUUCAGCGUCCCCUUCCCACAGCAUACCACCAUGCUCAGUGCGAUCUUCGGGCCCCUUGCUCUGCUCUGGCUGACGGGCGCCGUCUCGGCCUUCACCCCGGAGAACUCACAAGCUUCGUCGCGGUCGCACGAUCCGGUGCACUGGUCGAUCACUCCACACACCGUGAAGCUGGUUCAAGUCACCACCCCGGUCGACUACGACACCGUGUCAGCGCGGCUGUACUCGAUCGUCGGGACGCUCGACGGCGACAUCACGUUCACCACCGCACCGUCCCUCGCCGUGCUGCAGGAGAGAGUCGCCGCGGCGGUCGGCUCGAGCGGUCUGAUCCACUUUGCGGAAUACAACCACGGCGGGUGGUUCCAGCUGUUCAACGCGGACCCGACGCCCCGCUUCAAGCUUUUCGUCAUCGGCAACCCGCUCGUCGCAGAGACCAUCGUCAAGUUCGACCACCGCGUCUCGUACACCGUGCCCGUCCGAAUCUUGGUCAUGGAGAACGGAAACGGGACCAAAAUUUUCUACCAGCUGCCGUCUUCGGCGGCGAAUAUGAUUGGGUCAGAGGAGCUGCAGACGGCCGCGGAGGUUCUGGACCGAAAGUUUGCGGCGGUGGUCACUAACAUCACCACUGUUGGGUAAAACGGCAACGCCUUAGUACGAUAUGCAUGAGGGCAGAAACAUCUGAAUGAGAUUGGCCGAGGGCACGAAAAGGGUAUUAUUGGAGUGACAGCAUGACUGAGGAUCAGGAACAUAAAGAUGGUGUGGGAAAAGAGGUGGGUUG